AUGGCCGGCGACCAGGCGGAGAGGCAGACGCCGCGCGGGCAAGGUGGCGACGUCGCCCCCGUGACCAAGCGCGCCCGACAUGCUGCAGCGGUAGACCUCACGGGCGAGGAGGAUGCCGAGGUUGCCGAGGAUGCUCGCAGGCCGCCGCAAGGCAGCGAGAUGGGUGACAUAUCUCAGUUCGUCGAUUGGCGCCGCACCUGUUGCGCCAACGAGGAGACCCGGCGCGGCCGCACAGCAACGCGCUGGCCGGCGUCACCCGACGCAUGGCGCCGCCCUCUGGCGCGGGGGCGUUGCUGGAGAGCCAUUGCGACGCCCAGCUGCUGUUCGAGGUGGAGCGGAGCAUGGCGCCUGUGCGCCCCCCGCCGCCCGCGCCCCUCCAUCGUCUCCGAGCGCGACGUUGUGGCCGCGUCGGAGGCCGCGCAGGCCGAAGACCCCAGUCCGUUGAGAGCUCGUCGAGGGCCUGGACUCCAGGUCGGCUUCACGGGCGCCGUGCGGGUGCAGAAGUUGUUGCUGAGGGCGCCAGGCGACGGGCGUGCGCCAGCGGCGCUGCGCCUCUUCGCCAACGCGCCGAACCUCGGCUUCGACGGCGCGGAGGACGGCAGCCCGACGCAGGCGGUCGACCUGGGCGGGCUCUGGAGAGCGCUGGGCGGCGAGGGGGACGUCGAGAGCGAGGUGGUUCUCAACGCGCCGCGCUUUCAGAACGUUACGUCCUUGACGUCUGCCGCGGAUUUGUUGCCGAUAACGUUGGCAAUGUUGACACAUCGGCGUUGCGGCGGCUGA